UUCAUUACCAUUCAUUCGUAUUCACCCUUUCUUUUUUAUUGUAUUGUUAUUCGGUAUACUUAAGUUUAUUUAUAUUUCUUAUUAUUACAUUUAUUUGUACUGUUUUCUGUUUUUCUUUUUUAUGUAUUAACUAUAGGUGGAGUGUACAUAGAGUAAAGAUAGGCCUAUUGUCCUCUGGUCGAAGAAGAAUCGCGACGGCGCCCUCUAGUGGCUAGUCCUGAAUAACACCGGGGUGGGCCAUUCAUUCUGUCCCAUUUCAUGAAACCACACCGGUCAUCGAUGUUAGAAAGUGUCUUACAAUGUGUUGCUCCCCUUCCCAUUUAAUUUCACUUCUAAUAUUUUGUCUUAUUCAUUAGAAGUCAUUACAAAAGACCUUCAGUUACUUGCACAGGAUGUAGGCAGAGCUCCUCUGCCACCAACUCAACUCCUACAAAGAUCAAAAGAAGAUCUGGUAGUUCAUAAAUGGCAACAAUAUUGCCAUAAUAUUGUUGCCGCAGAUCUUUAAAAGGUAUUGACCGUUUUUUUUUUAUAUACUUUCUUAAAAGCUGUGUGAAACAAAGUUGUAUUUACAUACAGAAUCUGAUGCUAAUGUUGAUUGUCUGACCUUCCUUUUGCCACUGCAGAAUAAGAGGACAAGAUAGGCUCUCUCACACACACACACACACACACACACACAGACACACACAUUUUAACUUCUUUAUUUAUGACAAUUCUCACACUCUUAGCUGUCCAUCGUGUUCGAUGAUGACCCUUGCUCCAGGGAUGGGGGUGGGGAAGGGGGGGUUCAGCGACGUUGCCGCUGGUGCCACUUCUCAUGGGCUUAAAGUCCGAUCCUUGAGCCGCACAUUCGUCCGCAGAUGGAGCAAGGGAAACCAGAUGCCAGGAAGGUACCAGCCGCCCGCUGGUGACUCUGGAUGCACCUCUCGGAACGUCGGCCUUGGUUGGUUUGGUGUAUUUGAGAAACGUACCUACCAGUGUAUUCUCUCUCACGCACACGCACACGCACACACACCUGACAUUAAAGUGAGGGGGACUAAACUAAACUACACCAAGUUUGUUAUUUGGGGCUUAGUGGCAAGAAAAAGGUCUAGUAGGCUACUUGUUGAAUGCAGAAGUAAAGAACAAAGGGAAGAUAUCUUUAAAAAAUUGAGUCAAAGCACAAAGGCCUCAAAUGGAAACAGUCAAAUCCAUUGAAAGUCUAUUUGAUUACUUCAAGUCAAACUCAGAGCGACAAUCCAUGAGUACCAAAUGAAUAGUGCCUCCAACCUAGCAAGUGAGGUUAGCUUGAUUGGAAUAGGCAAGUUUCGGUUCCUGUGUGGUUAAAAACCUAAAUUCAAACACGACACUUCUUUAUCAAUAUCAGGGCGGUGUGCUACACGGGUCUAACCACAGUAGAGCAAUCUUCCGUUUGACAUUCUUCACUCGACAACAUGUCAUCUGCCGAGGAGGGGAACAUGGCCUACGCAGUCAUCUUUGGGUGCAUCGUGGUGCUGGGCUUGCCGCUCAACGCUGCGUCUCUGUGGAUCCUGAUACAACGCCACCGGCUCAAGUCUCCCAGCGCUGUCAUCAUGAUCAACCUGGCCUUGGCCGACCUGCUGCUGGUGCUGUCCCUGCCAAUGAGAGUCUACUACUAUGCAACGGGCAUCUGGUCCCUCGGGGUUUUCGCCUGCAUCUGUAUCUCCUCGCUGUUCACUAACAACAUCCGUGCCAGUGCCAUCUUCAUCACCGUCAUCGGUGUGGACCGACUGCUGGCUGUGGUGUUCCCUCUGAGUUCCAGGCACCUGCGCAACACCACCAACAGCUGGAGGGCAUGUGGCUUGAUUUGGAUCUCUCUAGUGGCUGUAAGCAUCCCAGAGAGCGUCGCGAUAUCAUCGAAGAUGCAGGGCUGCAAUCUAACGAACUGCUUUCACCCUGAACGCUCUCCCUGUUAUAAGGAGCAGAUUGUUCCAUCACUGAAUUACGUGAAUUCUUGUUUCGUGUUCACUUUACUGGCAGUCAAUUGUAUCUCCACUUCAAUGGUGUCCUGGAAAUUGCGCAGUCACCUCAGUGACUCUGUUCAGGUGGUCAACAAGAUGAAUGUAAUGCUCAUCUUUGCCAUGAACUUGUUGAUGUUUUUCAUAUUUUUCUUACCUGUUUCAUUGGUACUGAGCGUUGAAAAGUGGAGGGUUGCUGUUGAGCCAGCACUGUGUCUUGCGAGCAUGAACUGCUGUUUUGAUCCUCUGUUGUAUUACUUUUCUUUGGAUUCCUUCUGGACGAAGAAAGAGGAUGACAAGGCAAGGCCUAACGGAAUCCACAGCCGGUCAUGAUUCAGGUGAAAUAGAGCUACACUGAGCCAGUUGAACGGAUAUAUAUUGUAUGUCACCUUUUAUAUCUAUUUAUAUAAAGCCAUUGAAGAAAAGGUUGUUUUGCUGCCAUUGCUUAAUAUAUUAUUUGUAUUUGAGUCAAUAAAACAUUAAAUUCAGUACAUAUCUGAAACUUCUAAAGCAUAGGGGAGUUGUAAUGCCAUUUUGUAGUAUAUUUUAUCAAUGUAAAACAAAAUCAAAACUCAAGUCGAGAAGAGGCUAACUAUUCUGUGCUUCAUCUUUUAAGGCCUCUAAAUUCAAUGUAAUAAGAUGAGCCCUUUCCUUUCUUUAAUAUUCACAUAUUAAUUUUGUAUGAGUAUUACAAUCUCCAGAUAUAAACAGAGCCAGAUGGACUCCAGCUUUUUAGUUAAGCUAUGGCUGACCUCACGGAUCGAUUCCCCAUCAGUGACUGUGCAUGGGUUGUUAGUAGCCUCAUGUGGACUUCAUAUAUGCAAUCAGUGCCAUCAGCCCUCCAACCACCCAGUGUGGGAUUAACAGGUGUGAUGGAAGUGGAUGAUAAACCUGAUGACAUGGCACACAGAGGUGUUGUGUUUUUGGUACUAUUAGUACAUUCAUGUACACAAAUGAACAGUCAUUGUAAUGGGUAUGUUUUUAACCCUUUUCUCCCUCUUGAUUAUGCAAUUCAUAAUACUGUAAACUUGUAAUUUCUGAAAUUCUUCUGACUUUUUGUAAGUGAACUAUUGUCUAUGCAUGCGUGUAUCUGUAGUGUUGUUGUGUAUGAUGUUGUGUGUUUUUGGUUGUGAAGGACCCCAGGAAGAAUAACCAUGCUGUUGAGCCAAUUGCUAAUGGGGAUCCAUAAUAAAGUAAAAGGUAGACUAGAUGGAAACCGGGGGUGCUGAAAUAUUAAUUCAAAAUCUUAUAAUGUAUUAUCCUACAUUUGUUUGUGUUUAAAUAAAUGGGUGUAUAGAUUUCCACAA